AUGUCUUCAAUACGAUCGCUCACCUCUUUCAAGCUCGAUUUACCUCCCAGCUGCAUCGAAUUCUUUCCGCUCAACCCGCAGUAUGCAGUAGUCGGCACGUACAACCUUGAAAAGUCCGACGAGAAGGAUGCUGCAGGAAGCGCUCCCCAGGAUGGAAAAGUCAGUGCCAAAAAUCAGCAGCGCAACGGCAGCUUGAUAUUGGUAAAGGUGGACGGUGACAACGUCAACAUCAUUCAAACUCUCGCCACGCCAUCAGCCAUCCUGGACAUUCACUUCUUGACGCACGUCACAAGCUCAAACUUUGGUGUUGCGACUUCCACAGGAGCUUUUGCCAUUUACGAGCUUCAGUCGUGGCAGCGCAACCCUAGCAUCAGCCACAUCAAGACCAUCCAGUAUUUCCCUGAAGAUGUACUCAUCACUGCCUUUUCAUGGCAUCCAGAGUCUUUCAUGGUCGGUAUGACGCUCUCAAACGGGCAGGUUUGUCUUGGCGUAAUCGACACAGAAGGUGAAGAUGAUUCCCCCACCAAGCUGGAGGUUGCUACGCAUGAUCUGGAAGCUUGGACUCUGGCGUUCCUUCCUGAUGGCUCUGGACUACUCUCUGGAGGUGACGAUAGCACGCUGCGUUUCGCUGAACUAUCUGACGGCUCUGGAGGUAGUGUACCUUGGAUGGAUGGGAAGAUACAUGGUGCAGGUGUCACUGCUAUUCUUCCUGUACACCUGGAUACCCAGGGCCUUCUCGUUAUUACUGGUAGCUACGACGACCACUUGAGGCUCGUACACAUCCCCAUUUCCGGACGCAGGCAGGUGCUUGCAGAGACCAAUCUUGGAGGCGGAGUUUGGCGGCUCAAGCUACUUGACCGGAACCCCAAGUUGCCAGAGCAUCACGGCGUGGAAAAGUGGAGGUCGGAGCCACCUCCUGAGGCUAUCCUCUUGCUUGUGAGCUGCAUGCAUGCUGGUACGAGGAUUGUCAGGCUCACCAAGAGUGCUGGGGAGUGGAAAAUCGAGGUGUUGGCGAAGUUUGAGGAGCACGAGAGCAUGAACUACGGUAGUGACUCCCAACCUGGGCUCAAUAGCCAAGGCCAGCGGACAUAUAUAUCCACGAGUUUCUACGAUCGUUUGCUGUGCUUGUGGAGAUACUAG